UUAAAAAAUCAGUUUUUUGAAAAUGGAAGUGCAAUUUUUAAACAAUACUUUUUCAUUCAAUCUUAAAAUUGACAAAUUUGAUAUCCCUGCAGAAGCUGUAUACCCUGUUUUCUUCAUUGGAGUUUUUAUGUAUGUGUUUUCUGUUUUGAGCAAUGGAACAAUGCUAGCUCUGAUUGUGACCCAGCGAAGCCUCCAUAAGCCAAUGUUUUAUAUAUUUUUCAGCCUUCCUCUGACAGAUCUAGUAGGAAUUACAUGUUCUCUUCCCAGAUUGCUUGUGGAUAUCAUUACUCAGACCAACAAUAUUUAUUACCCAACUUGUGUAUUGCAAGGAUUUUUGAUACAUUUGUAUGGAGGCAGUAUAUGUCUUAAUAUGAUGGCUAUGUCAUUUGACCGAUAUAUAGCCAUAUGCAAGCCACUCAGGUAUAACUCUAUUAUGUCACCUUUAAUUGUGAGCUGUAUUAUAGCUCUGGUUUGGGGUCUUGACAUUGCCUUAAUCCUUGUCUUGUUUGCCCUUCAGGCUAGAUUACCAAAAUGCAAGACAUUUAUUGCAAAUGUUUAUUGCAAUAAUCCUUCCUUACUCCAACUCACAUGUGGGGGAGAUUCUACUGUGAACAAUGUAUACGGUUUAUUUAUAACAGGAUUUCUACAGAUAGGUAGUGUUUCUGUUCAGUUAUUGUCCUAUGUCCAAAUUCUCAUCACCUGCAUUUCCCGUUCACAACCAGAUGCUAGAAUUAAGGCUAUUAAUACCUGUUUAGCACAGAUUAUAACAUACUUUAUCUUUGUAACAGUCAGUGCCUUCAAUAUUAUCUCAUAUCGAUUGGAAAAUGCAUCUUCUAAUACACAAAAAAUUUGCAGCAUAGUAAUGUUCACAUUCCUUCCAGUUGUAAAUCCAGUUAUAUAUGGAAUAAAAACAAGGGACAUCAGAAAUGCAUUGUUUGUGGUGGUGAAAAAGCACAAGGUCACAUGUUCAUAA